UUUUCAUUAGCAUGCCAAAUGGUCGCAAAGCACGCUGGGACUUCCUUUCUUACCGAGGCCAUAUUGGAGCAACAUACUUGUUGGCCGGAACGGACUAAAUCGCAGCAAUGGUAGCCGCAAAGAAGACGAAAAAGUCCCUGGAGUCUAUCAACUCUCGUCUCCAGCUGGUGAUGAAGAGUGGAAAAUAUGUUCUGGGAUACAAACAGUCUCAGAAGAUGAUCAGACAGGGCAAAGCCAAGCUGGUUAUCCUGGCCAACAAUUGUCCUGCCCUGAGGAAAUCUGAAGUCGAGUACUACGCCAUGUUAGCCAAAACUGGAGUUCACCACUACAGUGGAAACAACAUUGAGUUGGGCACUGCCUGUGGAAAAUACUUCAGGGUGUGCACCCUGGCCAUCAUCGACCCCGGUGAUUCGGACAUCAUCAGGAGUAUGCCCGACCAGCCACAGGGGGACAAGUAGAGCUAUUUCACUGUUAUAAAUAAACUUGGUUGAAUGGUG